AUGUCUGACAAACCUGAUGUGACCGAGAUUGAGAAAUUCAGUAAGUUGAAAUCGAAGAAGACAGAAAUGCAAGAGAAAAAUCCACUGCCUUCAAAAGAAACAACUGAACAGGAGAAGCAAGCAAGCGAAUCAUAG